AUGCUCUGCCCCCCCUAUGUUGCAGGACAGGGAGGAUGGUUUACACAUGUUUUCGUGGACGAAGCAGCACAAAGUGUUGAGGCAGAGGCGCUGGUCCCCAUCACGUUGCGCACCGAUCGUGCCACGAUAUGCCUCGCGGGCGACUUCAAGCAGCUGGGUCCAGUGAUCCGCUCUCCGGUUGCCAUUGACUACGGCCUGCAGACCUCUCUGAUGGAGCGCUUGGUUAACAAGAUCACCGUGAAUCACACGCGAGUCUUCACGCUCCUGGACACCUACCGGUCUCACCCAUCCAUCCUCCAGCUGUACAACAAGCUGGUUUAUGACAGCUAUUCCAUGACAACUUGGCCCGAGUGCCCAGGUUCAGGCAUGAACCGUCAUCCGGUCAUCUUCCACCACUGCAGCGGCACGGAAAGUCGUCAGAGGGAUUCGCCUUCAUGGCAGAAUGUGGAGGAAGGGGACAUCAUCAAAAUGUACUUGAUGAAGCUGAUGGAGUAUGGUGUCGACCCCGGCGACAUUGGCAUCAUCUCUCCGUACCACAAGCAGUGUGUCCGUUUGCGCUACAUCUGCCGAGGCGAAGGAUUGGAUAUCGAAGUCGGAACGACAGAGCUGUUUCAGGGUCAGGAGAAGAAGGUGAUUCUGAUCUCGACGGUCCGAUCCCGUCAGGAGAAGGAGAUCAACAACGACAUUCGCUUCUCAUUGGGCUUCCUUGGCAACUACAAGCGCACCAAUGUGGCCAUCAGCCGUGCGAAAUCGUUGCUGAUAGUGGUCGGCACCUUGGCACAGGCAUAG